AUGAAGAGCAAUAGUAAAGAUAGUGAAAACAAAAAGGUUGAAAAUUUAAUAUUGGAGGACAAUGAUGAAAACACAAUUAUACCAUAUUACUUAUCCAAUUUAUUAACUAAUCCGUCAAACCCUGUUGUAUUUAUGGACAUAAAUUUGGGAAAUAAUUUUUUAGGGAGAUUUAAAUUUGAAUUGUUUCAAAAUAUUGUACCAAAAACAAGUGAAAACUUUAGGCAAUUUUGCACAGGAGAACAUAAAGUAAACAAUCUCCCAGUUGGAUAUAAAAACACAAUUUUUCAUAGAGUUAUAAAAGAAUUUAUGAUACAAGGUGGUGAUUUUAUUAAUCAUAAUGGGAGUGGAAGUUUAAGUAUAUAUGGCGAAAAUUUUGAUGAUGAAAAUUUUGAUAUAAAACAUGAUAAGGAAGGAUUAUUAAGUAUGGCUAACAGUGGCCCUAAUACAAAUGGUUGUCAGUUUUUUAUUACCACAAAAAAAUGUGAAUGGCUAGAUGGAAAAAAUGUUGUAUUUGGAAAAAUUAUAGAUAAUGAUUCUUUGUUACUACUAAAAAAAAUAGAAAAUGUUUCAGUUACCCCAUAUGUUUAUAAACCCAGAAUUCCCAUAAAUGUUGUGGAAUGUGGAGAACUAUAG